UUUCAGUUAAAAGCAUUAGUUUUUGGUGUUUCGUUGAAGCGGCAUGCAGUACCUGAUUACAUAACCGGUCAGGUGUAUCCAAGCAUCAACAUAUAUGACGAGGAAGGUAUUAGAAAAAUGCAAUUCUAGCCAGAUCCAGCAAAUCCUGGGACGGUCAUAAUUUAUGCCAGAAAGGGUUUAGAAUCCGAUCCCGUCUCUUUGAACUUAUCCUUUCGAGCCAAAUCACUGCCAUUUCCCGUUGAUCCUCCCCCCUACGACCAAUCUCCGAUCCGCACUCGUUGGUUGACGGCGCGUUCUUCCUUUAUCCCCGCAUCAUGGCUUCGGGUGACCACACAAGCUCGAGCGGCGAGCUCUACGAAUCCGGGUUGACCGUUCGUUCAGACUCGGAGAACUAUUCGGCCAACAAUGAGUUAUCCGAGUCGACGUCGAGCUCCCCUCUGAUCCUCUACAAACCCCCUACAAUCUGGAGCAUCUUGCGAGGCGCUGCCAUCAAUCUGGUUCUUCCCUUCGUGAAUGGACUCAUGCUGGGCUUUGGUGAACUAUUUGCACAUGAAGCAGCCUUCCGCCUAGGAUGGUCUGGCACAAAGAUCUUCCCUACCUAUCGGAGACCAGCGGGGCCUGGUUUGGAGGUUCGAGAAGUUCCAUCGCGGAGGAAUAACAGCUUGCGAGACACGGCGUCUUUGGAAUAAGAUAGGUGCUGGAAGCUCACUAUAAGACUCUGCGACCGCGCUCACAC